GCUAGUUGGUUACCAGUACCAAUUCUUGACUAGAGGCUAGGCUGCCAAAAUUACCUAGACAGAAAAGCAAGAGAACACCAUGAAUGCCACCUCAUUGGAUGAUAUGUACAUCGUUGGCGAAUGCAAGGACCAGACGACCAUAGACGGCACACCGUUAAACGAAGGUGGAGGUGAUGAUGACGGCAACGACAACUAUAAUGGUCUCAUGGCUGCCCUGAAGGCCAACAGGGGGUGGCUGGAAGCCAAGGUCGCCAUCAACAACGCCAUGAUCGCCAUGGAAGAUACCUCGCAGGAUUUCUUCAGCGUUGGCGAGUGCGAGGGCCAGAAGACCAUAGACGGCGAGCAAAUGCCGCUGGUCCUGACCCCCUCUGCAGAUGGCAAAGGCUGCGCCGGUCGCACGGGCUACGAGGCGCUCGUGGCCGCGCUGAGGGCCAACCGGGAGUGGCUGGAGCGCAAGGUCGUCACCCACAGCGCCGUGCUGUUGCGCGGCUUCGACGUCCGUGACGCCGUGGAGUUCAACGCCAUAGUGGAGGCGCUGGGGUGGCCCAACAUCCGGUACGUCGGCCCGGCCCCGCGUACCCACGUCCACGGCCGCGUCUGGACCGCCAACGAGGGGCCUCUCGAGCAGUUCGUUUACUUCCACCACGAGAUGGUGCUGAUCAAGGAGUUCCCUGAGAAGGUGAUAUUGUUCUGCGAGGUGCCGCCACCGGAGGGUGGGGAGACGCCGUUCGUGCCGAGCUUCCGGGUGACGGAGCGGGUGCUGGAGGAGUUCCCGGAGAUGGUGGAGGAGCUGGACGUGAAGGGGCUCCGGUACACGCUCACGGCGCUGAGCAAGAGCGACACCAAGUCCAUGAGGGGGCGAGGGUGGGAGGACGCCUUCGGCACCUCGGACAAGGCCGAGGCAGAGAAAAGAGCAAAGUUGCUGGGCAUGGACAUGGAGUGGCUCCCGGACGGUAGCGUCAGGACGAUCCUAGGCCCGCACACUUUGACGCGUGUCUUCCCGGGCCGCAGGGGCCGAAGGAUGUGGUUCAACACGGUGGUGGGGAUGCACGGCAAGGAGCUGAGCUCCGCCACGUCAGCUGACGGCGGCGAGAUCCCGGCGGUCUUCGUGCGGCGGUGCGAAGAGAUCAUCGAGGAGGAGAGCGUCCAGUUCCGGUGGCGCAGGGGCGACAUCCUCAUCCUCGACAACCUCGCCACGCUCCACGCCCGGCGGCCGUCGCUGCCGCCCAGGAGGAUCCUCGUUGCGACGUGCAAGUGAGGUGAUCCAUCAACUACGUUAGUAUUGUGCAUCCGGAAUGAGAAAUGACAGCGUUGCGAUGCCAUUUGCACUGUUUUUAUUUUUGAGAUCAACUGGUUUGCACUGUUGUACCUUUUACUUUAAGAUCUCUCUCUCUCAAACGGAUUUACAUAAUGGGCUACAGCUUAUUAAACUGUAGAGUGCUAGACUAAUAAUGGUAUUGGGUGCAUCCGUAUU